AUGGAUAAGCUGUGUGUGGUGGCCUCGCACCGUCACAUACUUUUUUUUUUCCACAGUCGCCAGGCCCCGCGAUCCAACGGGAGCUGGAGAGUCCAGAGCCCACAGCUCAACCCGCAGCCCAACAACGACCCCCGAGCAGGAGCGGCGGCGGCGGCACAACCCUCUCCGGCAAUCGGCAUGGGCACGCGGGAGGUGUACGAGGAGAAGCUCCGCAGCGGCGCGCACCUCCACCGCGAUCCCACCAUCAACCCAGGCCUCGGCUCGCCUCGGUGCCCGCGAUGCUUCUCCCUCCUCAACCCCACCGCGGGAGAGAGGGACUGGGCCAUCACCUCCGUCCUGCACGACGCCACCGCCGUGGUAUCUUCCAGUUACUUGUUUGGUUUUGGGAUUGGAUUAGUAGGCAUCCAGAAGCAUGUGAAGGGACCAAAGUGGCUGCAGUUGCUCGUUGGGGUGCCACCGCUGCUGAUGUUCUCAGGUGCCAGUGCUGUAUUUGGUGCAUAUGCACUUCCAAGGUUUGCUCAGCUCACCGUGACGUCUUACUACGCUGCAUCAACUGGCUCGCAGUACACGGCUUCUCAGAUCACACGGCAGAUCGAAAGAGCUCAUUUCCAAGAAUCCGACGAGAAAUCUAGAUGA